AUGGCGUCAGCAAGCUUCGGUGCAUCGAUAGAAAAGUUGUCGGGACGCGACAAUUAUAACACAUGGCAGUUCGCGGUUCAGACAUAUCUGCAACACGAAGAAUUAUGGGAAUGUGUAACAGGUGAAGAGACUGAUGCAAAGAAAAUUAUGAAAGCAAAGUCAAAAAUCAUUCUGAUGAUCGAACCUGUAAACUACGUACAUAUUCAAAACGCGACGACAGCCAAAGAAGUGUGGGAUAAAUUGAAAGCGGCAUUCGAGGACUCUGGACUGACAAGAAGAGUAGGAUUACUACGGACACUAGUAACGUGUCGUCUUGAAAACUGUGAAACCGUGGAAGAAUACGUGAAUCAAGUAGUCAGUACUGCUCACAAAUUGACUGGCAUUGGAUUCGAGAUUAGUGAUGAGUGGAUUGGCACGUUUUUAUUAGCGGGUCUACCGGAUGAAUAUAAACCAAUGAUCAUGGGCAUAGAAAGCUCCGGCACCAGGAUCACAGGAGAUGCUAUCAAAACAAAACUAUUGCAAGAUGUGAAAUCAACCAACUCGACCACUGAAAGUGCCUUCUACAGUAAGAAUUUCAAAAAAAAAAAUACUCAAAAGAAGGGAUCGCGCUGUUUCGGGUGUAAUCGAUAUGGGCACAAAUCCACUGAGUGCCCUCAAAAGAAUGACAAGCAAGUCGAAAACAAGAAAACAGAAGGUAAACAAGUGGAUAACAAAUCGAAGAAAUCACAAGUUGGCCUAUGCGCUGGAUUUUCAACUGGCAAAGCUAACCCCGAGGAUUGGUUUGUCGAUUCAGGUGCGUCCAUGCACAUGACUAUGCGAGGAGAUUGGUUUAAGAGCACAGGCGACUCGCAGAUUAAGGAAAUCGUCGUAGCAAAUGACUCUAAACUGCAAGUAACUGAAAAAGGUAAUGUUGAAGUUCAAUUAAGCCUGAACGGAGAUGUUGAAACAAUAGAGAUCAAAGAAGUUCUACAUGUACCGAACCUGUCUACUAACUUAUUGUCUGUAAGUCGAAUCGUACAGAAAGGCUAUCAGGUGGAGUUCGACGCAAGGGGCUGUCGAAUACUUGACGGAGCGGACUUAGUAGCAACUGCAACGUUGGUGGACAACAUGUACAAGCUGGAUGUACAUAAAAGCCUUGGUCUAAUGGCUUCUGUCAGCGGAGACAACGAUCUGUGGCAUCGAAGGCUGGGUCAUAUCAACUUCAAUGAUCUUAACAAAAUGAAAAAUGGUUUUGUUACAGGAGUUGAUUUCAAUAACAACAAAGACAACCGCACCUGCAUCACAUGUUUAAAAGGUAAACAAAGCAAACUACCUUUUACAGACUCUGAAACACGUGCGACACAAAUAUUGGAGUUGGUACAUUCGGAUUUAUGUGGGCCUAUGGAAACUGAAUCGUUCGCUGGAGCCAAAUACUUUCUCACGUUGAUCGACGAUUUUUCACGUAGGCUCUACGUAUAUUUCCUAAAAAGCAAGACUCAGGUAGCACAAACAUUCGCAAACUUUGAAAAUCUUGUUGAAAAUCAAACUGGAAAAAGGAUAAAAACUUUAAGAACUGAUAAUGGUAAAGAGUAUUGUAACAAUGAGCUACUUAGCUUAUUGCAGAAGGCUGGAAUCCAACACCAAACCACAAACCCUUACACUCCGGAACAGAAUGGGGUAGCAGAGAGAAAGAAUCGGACCAUAGUAGAGAGGGCGAGAUGCAUGAUAUUCGACGCUGGAUUGGAAACUCAGUUCUGGGCUGAAGCAGUUUCAACGGCAGCAUAUAUCAUCAAUCGAUCGCCAACCAGGGGACUACAGGAUCUACGAAAAACUCCGGAAGAGGUAUGGUCAGGAAACAAACUUAAUCUAAAACAUUUGAGAAUCUUUGGUUGUAAGGCUAUGGUACAUGUACCUAAACAAAAACGUCGUAAGUGGGAUGCUAAGUCAGAAGAGCUGAUCUUUGUUGGUUACUGUGAGGGAACUAAGGGUUAUCGAUUCAUUCGACCGAACUCUAACAAACUUGUAAAAAGUCGAAACGUCACCUUCAUAGAAAACCCAACACCAACCCGCACAAUGACGUUCACUGAAAAUCAAACUACUCCAUUACCACUUAUGCUUGAGUCUUCAGAUCAAGAGGACAGAGAAGAAGAGAGUGAAGCUGAUGAAGUGGGGACUGAGUUUGAUUAUGAAUCAGCAUCUGCAUCGGAAGAUCCUAGAACAGAAGAUUCUACUACAGAAGAUUUUGCAACGGAAGACUCUACAACAGACGAACCUACGGCAGAAAACUUGCUCUCAAUAGAAACUACACGAUCAGAUAUCGGUGGGGAUUUGAAGAGACCACAACGACAGCGAAAGCCACCAAAAAUGGAUGACUACGUACUAUACCUGUCACAAGCAAAUGAAGCAAUUGAUCCCUUGACAGUAGAAGAAGCUCUGAAUGGGCAUGAAGGUCAACACUGGAAAAGGGCCAUGCAAGAAGAAUAUCAGUCUUUGAUUGAAAACGACACCUGGGAACUUACAGAUUUACCUCCGAAUAGAAAACCUAUUAAUAGUAAAUGGGUGUUCAAAACCAAAACAGAUGACAAAGGCAAUGUUCUACGACACAAGGCCCGUCUAGUGAUCAAAGGAUGUGCUCAAAAAAGGGGUAUAGACUACGAAGAAACCUUCGCACCUGUCGUCAGGUAUAGCUCAAUAAGAUAUCUGAUGGCUCUGGCAGCGAAACAUGAUUUGGAAAUGGAACAAAUGGAUGCUGUAACCGCGUUUUUACAAGGGGAUCUUCAUGAGGAAGUUUAUAUGGUACCGCCAAAGGAAUUUUACACCGGGGAUAAAGUAUGGCGCUUAAAAAAGGCCAUAUACGGCUUAAAGCAAGCAAGUCGGCAAUGGAACAUCAAAUUGGACACAGAAUUGAAGAAAGCCGGAUUACAACAAUCCAAAGUAGACCCGUGUAUAUAUCAUAAAACAUUGGACGAAAAAAUGCUGUUUUUGGCAGUAUACGUCGAUGAUCUGUUAAUUUUUACAAAUGACCAAGUCACCAAGGAAAAUUUGAAGAAUAAAUUGAAGAAAUGUUUCAAGAUGAAGGAAAUGGGAGAAGCACAUCAUUGUGUUGGACUGCGAAUCACACGUGAUCGACAAGCAGGUAAAAUUUACCUGGAUCAAGAAAAAUAUAUCAAGGAAACUCUGGCAAAGUUUAACAUGGCUGACUGCAAACCUGCAGUGACACCAACUGACCCAAAUCAAAAACUGACAAAGGAUAUGUCACCGAAGAAUAAUGAAGAAAUUGAGGAAAUGAGCCGAAUACCGUAUCAAGAAGCAAUAGGAAGCAUCCUGUACGUCGCUCAAGGAACGAGGCCAGAUUUAUCCUAUGCAAUCAACACGGUGAGCAAAUUUAACAAUAAUCCAGGAAAAGCUCACUGGUCUGCCGUUAAAAGGAUUUUACGUUACUUGAAAGGAACCUCAAAGAUGAGAUUAGAAUUCUCAUUUAAAGCAAACACAGACUUGAUUGGAUAUUGUGACGCUGAUUGGGCUAGCGAUACCGACGAAAGACGCUCCUGCACUGGGUACGUGUUUAUACUACAAGGAGCUGCAAUAUCCUGGAAUUGCAAGCGACAACAUACCGUCGCUCUGUCCACUACUGAAGCGGAGUAUAUGGCACUCAGCUCAGCAACACAGGAAGCGAUGUGGCUAAAGCAAUUUGAAGAAGAACUUUGGCCAAAUAAUCAAAUCAAAGCAAUCACAAUUUAUUGUGACAAUAAAAGUGCAAUUAACUUAGCUCAGACAGAUGGAUAUCAUGCUAGAUCAAAACAUAUAGAUAUGAAUCUCUUGGUAAACCAGGAAAAAUUGGUCAUGCUAUUCACCGAUAGAUUUCAGCCAGAUAUGCGAACUUCAGAAAUAAAACGAGCUGGGCUAAAGAUGUACGUUAUCGACAUACAAGGACUUAGAGGGAAAAAUAACGCCUUUCUGAUUAAAGAAAUCACCAGACAAACGGGACUAACUUCCGCGAAAAUCCGAAGGACUAAUCACUGGCUGACAGAGUACCUUCACAGCCUUUCCUGGGAAGCAGGAUCAAACACUCGCGCUCAAUUAGAGGAAUUAGUAAGCUCACUGGACGCCGGGGAAACUGUAUACGUUAAAGGCAAGGAGAAGGAGACCAUACUGUGUGAAUAUUUCAACAAGAUAAUCAAUCUAGAAGAUUACGGAUGCCCAGACACCACUUUAAAAAUACCUGUGACUGAGAACCCGGCAAAACAAGAUCGAGCGUUCACCGCAAGAAAAGGGCUAGACGUCGUAGAACAAAUAGUCGAAGCAAUCAGGGAAAUUAAUUGCAAUAUCAAGGAAGACGAAGCCUAA